GGAGGACAAUGCUGUCACUCGGCCUUCCUUUGAUACGACGCGUCGUUUGAAGACCCAACAGCAGAGCCAUGCCGGCAGGGGAACGCUGGCACCAUACGCCGUCUUCGCCGGUGCAGCCGUCGGAGAAGGAGACCGACGACGAGGCGUUCGUGUGGUCGCAGAUUAAGGCGGAGGCACGGCGUGAAGCCGAGCUGGAACCGGCCCUGGCGAGCUACCUCUACUCCACGAUCCUCGCCCACUCCUCCCUCCCCCGCUCCCUCUCCUUCCACCUCGGCAACAAGCUCUGCUCCUCCACCCUCCUCUCCACCCUCCUCUACGACCUCUUCCUCAGCGCCUUCUCCACCGAGCACGGCCUCCGGGCCGCCACCGUCGCCGACCUCCGCGCCGUCCGCGUCCGCGACCCCGCCUGCGUCUCCUUCUCCCACUGUCUCCUCAAUUACAAGGGCUUCCUCGCCUGUCAGGCUCAAAGGGUGGCUCACAAGCUGUGGAACCAAUCACGGAGACCACUAGCCCUUGCCCUUCAAUCCCGUAUCUCCGAUGUCUUCGCGGUCGACAUACACCCGGCUGCUAAGAUCGGUAAAGGUGUCCUCUUCGAUCACGCCACAGGUGUGGUGGUUGGAGAAACUGCUGUGAUUGGGAACAAUGUCUCAAUCCUUCACCAUGUGACGCUCGGUGGGACUGGGAAGGUGGGCGGUGAUCGACACCCCAAGAUCGGAGAUGGGGUCUUGAUCGGGGCAGGUGCGACAAUAUUGGGCAAUGUGAGGAUUGGAGAGGGAGCAAAGAUCGGGGCAGGGUCCAUGGUCCUGAUUGAUGUGCCACCGAGGACCACAGCAGUUGGGAACCCGGCAAAGCUUGUCGGAGGGAAAGAUAAGCCAAAGCAGCACAAGGAGUGUCCCGGGGAAACGAUGGACCAUACUUUCGAGUGGUCAGACUAUAUAAUAUGAUGAUGUUUUUUUCCCCUGUUUACAUCGCCAUUUUUCUUGUGUGUUGUCUAAAGGAUCAGGCAUAAUAAUUCCUGUUAUGGAUCUGAGUAUGUAUCUAUUGCAGUUGUAUGUAAUAAAUCGAGAUCUUUUACAUGCACAUCUUGUUAGCUCAGACUUGUUUGAGAACAAA